GCCCUCUGGUAGUGUAUAAACUACAACCGAGACCACUGUCAUCCAUUUUGGAAACCAGAUACAGAUACGGGGACAAAGACAGAUACAGAGCCAACUACAGAUGCUCGCUGGCUGCUGGGAAGAGUCGGUUCAGUUGAGUGCCUCCAUUCUCCCAGAGCAAACCGUUCUCGCCAGAAGAAAGUUCGAAAAGCAAGAAAUGCGCAGUGGGUUAUCGCUUUGUCCACUGUUGGUUUUGGUGGUGAUACUAGUAGGUUGCCUGGUGGCUCCAGUGACGCCGGCUAACCUACUGACCAGCUAUCUGCCCGCCUCCAUGCAAGCAUUGGCAUACUUUAUAGAUCUGCUUCAGUAUGAGCCACUGUCCAGCACGACAGUGGAACCACCUUUCAGUGCGAAUGAAGGAGUGCAAUCUACAUCGGCGAAUCCCCUGCCAUCCACAGCGUUGCCCACAAGAAUGAAGAGCACUACGACGAGGAGACCGGGUGGAACAUUAGGUUCCGGCUCAGGCUGGUGGCAACCGCCAAGUUGGUGGGAGACACCACAUAGAACUUCCUCAACCGAGAGACCAACAUCGCCACCCACUUUGCCGCAUCGCCCGGGUAUUUUCUCCCCAACUUCCAAACCGGAAAAGGCGUUCGAAGGCCAUUCAGUUUUUGAAGAAAUCGGAGAUGAUGUGGACUUUGACAAGUUGCCUUUGUCUCUGAUCCGUGAUAUUCAAAGCGAACACGACGAUUUUACCAAUGACGUAGAGUCACUGGAUAACUUUUUGCGGCUAUACGACGAUAAUUACGGAAGGGCUGCCUUUGACUUUGAGUCCGCCAUGGACCGGUGGAGUAGCGCCUCGAUAGCAGGCAAAAAGAGGGUUCCACCCACUAAGCCCUAUGUGGAUUUCCUGUUGGUUUACGAUCUCCUGAAGCGCGAUGCCAAGGCGGCCAACCUAAGCAAGUACGAGGGAUAUUCUGAGGAUCUCCUGGAGCAGCUCCAUGAGUUGUCACAGGCUUCUUCGGCCAGGCAAUUGUAUACGCUUUUCCAAAGGAUGCUGGACCGGGGCGAUGUCCAGCGAAGUGACGUUGUGGCCCGCGUCCAGGGAAUCGUCAAAGAUCUGGGUAACCCCAAUAGCGCCACCUCCAAAGCAUUGGCCUUUAUUCCCAGUAUGCAGUUUCUACCUUAAGCUCCUAGAUAAGCCGAAAUAAAGUCGAGGGACCAAUUUAUCUAA